AUGUCUUAUGACCGUUUCUUAGCCAUAUGCAAACCCCUAUAUUAUGCAACUCUUAUGAAUGGUAAACUCUGUAUCCAGCUGGCCAGUUGCUCUUGGAUCAACAGCAUUGUGUUGUUCUCCAUAUGCUUGGUCUUGAUGUGGCAACUACGGUACUGUGUUUCCAAUGAAAUCGAUCAUUUCUUUUGUGAAGUUCUUUCAUUGGUUAAAAUCUCAUGCAGUGACACCAGCCUUGUAAAAUGUGUCAUUCUAAUCCUUGCUUUCGUUUUCAGUUUUCCUCCUUUUCUUUUGACCGUGAUCUCCUACAUAUAUAUUAUUGUUGCCAUUUUUAAAAUCCCAUCCACCACUGGGAAGCAGAAGGCCUUUUCCACCUGUUCUUCUCAUGUGAUUGUUGUUUCCCUGUUCUAUGGGUCAUUAAUCAUUGUAUAUAUGACACCAAAUACUGAAGCAAUGAGAGACCUUAACAAAAUAUUUUCUCUUUUUUAUACAGUCCUUCCCCCUUUAAUUAACCCCCUUGUAUAUAGCCUGAGAAACAAGGAUGUGAAGGAAUCUUUGAGGAAGGCCACUGGGAAAAUUUUAGAAGGCCAUUUUUUGAGUUAG